AUGAGCUAUUUCUAUACGCUUGUAAGCGUUUUCGUCUCAGCAAUCUUGGCUUUCCAUCUUGAUGAUCCGAUUGUGAUUGAAAGGCCACAGAAUAAGGUAGAAUGGGGCGAUGUGAUGCUCGAGUAUGAUCCAUCGCAAACACCAAUCGACAACCAUACGAUCUACGUCUCGAUUCGGAUAUUCAACGCGAAAUGGCAAAGCGAGGUGCUGUCGUUGGAUUUCGAAAUGCUCGAGCGGUGGACGGAUUCGCGUUUGAGAUUUCAGGAAAAGGAGGCAAAAGUCUUGUUGCCCAAAACCCAGCACAUUUGGACACCGGAAACAUAUUUUGUGGAUUCGAUUCGCGAUGAGAUUUUACGCGAAGCUACACUGAUCACAAAUCUUGGAGAAGUGAUUCGAAGAGAGCGAAGACAUCUCGAAAUCCCGUGUACACUGCAUUCAAAUAUGACCCUUUGCGAUCUCGGCAUCGGAUCCUACUCAGCCACCUCUCAACCCCAAUUCGAGUAUGCUGUCACCGAAUUUGGCUACACCAAAACGAGCAUCCUCGGCAACUACCUUGUUGCGACAAAAAUGCAGAAAAGUCUCGACGGCGACAAGCAGCGAAUCGCCGUGAUCUCGCUGCAAAUUCUCUUCAAUCAGCAGAAA